AUGAUCGGCAACAUCAGCAUCACCAACCCGGAAGCUUUCGCCGAAUACGGUAAACGCGUCCCCGACACCGUCGCCCAGUACGGCGGCACAUACCUCGUGCGCGGGGGCACCCCCGAGAAGAUGGAAGGCGAGUACGAUCCGGUGCGCAUCGUGGUCUUGCAGUUCGAAAGCGUCGAGAGGGCGAAGGCGUGGUACAACUCAACCGAGUAUGCCCCCCUCAAGGAAAUGCGGCUCAAGGCCUCAACCGGCGAUCUCUAUUUUGUUGAGGGCGUCUAG